GAUCGCCGGUCCCAACCUAAAAAGCCGGCGUGGCCGCUCUCACGCUCCUCUCUCUGAUAUCGUAUUGGAGAAAGAAACAGCGAAGAUUUUUCUGAGUGCAAGCAGCACGAACGCACGAACAGACCUAUAUUCGGAGGAGAGAAAGGGAGAGAGAGAAAGAGAGCAAAGAACAUGAGUGUAGAAAGUUAACCAGAAAAGGGCAAGUAAAAGUGACAGGACUGUCGUUGACAGUUGUGUGCAUACGUAUAUUUCAAAAUGUAAAUAAGAACACAACAAUACGUGAUUUGAGUUUUACGCGGUCAAGAGAUUCGCGAUUAUGGUCGAUCUGGACGAAUAUCGAGAGAGUGUACGACAGAUCAGACGAUACGCGGCCGUUCACAAUGUCUCGGAGGCGCAAACGUCCGAAAUAUUUCGAGCCUGCUUUCAACAGUUGCAGGCCAAGUACUCGAAAAAAUCAAAUAAACCAUCGAAUAAGCCUCUGCGAAUUGUUUUAACAUUCGUUCUUAUCUCCGUCGUGUUGUUAUAUUUAUGCCAGAGCUGGUUAAACGUCAUGUUUAUAAGAAUCUCGCAAAACUCCAUUUAUCCCGCUUUAUACACGUUGCGCAAAGCAGCUGUGCCAAUCGUCAGCCUAUAUCCGUCGUUAUCUGAAUUGUACGAUGAAUGGUGCUUGGUAGAGAAUCCGUAUUUCUACGUCAACGAUAUGGACUGCUGGCCUUGCACCGUGGUGCAUUCCGUACUAAAUCUGACCGGUCACAACAUCAGCAGAUCCUUCAACGUUGGCAUACCGUACACUAGAGAGGAGAAUAACACCAAGGUCAAGAUGAAAGAUCUAGUUAAUUUAUAUUGGAAUAACCGGGACGUCUUCGACGAAGACGCUAAAAGAAUCUCUUCGAACAACGAAACUUUUAAAACCGUCCGCGACGUCGUGGAUAAUAGAUUGGACAGGUUUCGCACUGCUUCCCUAAAUACUCACAUAUCUUGGAGGGUAAAUCGUAUGAGGCCCAACAGAAUACUCCGAAAGUUAUUUCCCAAGCCAGCGGAGACUCCGAAUUGGUGGAGUCAAGGCACGGAGAAAUAUAUUUUUAUCGACGAGUCGGAAUCGCCGCCCUAUCCAUUGCCUAACCCCGAGUGUAGCAACAUCAUGCUGCGAUGCGCGGCUGGCGCAAGACUGAUAAAAAUGACACCGAGCUCGGAGUGCGCCCAACACUGUAGAUCCUCGACCAUUUUAUUGUCCGCUGGACACACAUUAUGGUACAAUUGGUGGUAUUGGAGACCCGUAAGUCUGCCAGUGUACAAUGCUACUGAUCUUUCUAUUGGUUAUUUAACUUCGUUCUGUUAAUCGCCGAUAGGAGAAACAGAUCGUGGAUAUGUGCCAAAAAAACGAUGUAGCCAAUAAUGAUAAAGCUACAUUUAAUAAAAUUUACAAGUUAAGUUUUUUA